AAAGAGACAUUUUAUUCACAAAGGAAGAUGUAUUUUGUUCAGAAAGAAAAUAUUCUAAACAAGACUUCGUUGAAUUACGGCGUAAAGUGAUUUCCUUUUACAAAGUUUCACCAAAACGUGGUACUGAUUUGUUAGAAAUGGCUCAAACAGAUGUAUUUUCAACGGGAUGUUAUGGCAUUGAUGAGUUAUUGCAGGGAGGAUUUCAUUCCGGGGAAAUUAUAGAAAUCAGUGGAGAAACAGCUACAGGCAAAACUCAGCUUGCAUUCUUGACAACACUUACAAUCUUGUGUACAAAUAAAGAUAACAAAGUCUUAUUCAUUGACACUGUUUCUACAUUCUCGGCCGAACGAAUCAGAAUGUUAUUUUUGGAAAGCGAUCGAUUUGUUCAUGCAAGGGAUCAAGGAAUGAAUGAAGAAAACGUUAUGAAUAGGAUUCAAGUUUUUAAAUGUUUUGAUGUUUAUUCUAUGAUGGAAUUUAUAGAUGAUGUGAGAGAUCAUUUAGAAAACCAGUUAAUUAUCAUAGAUUCUCUCACGGCAAUAUUUGCACCACUUUUAGGAGUCUCGCAAACUCAAGGACACUCAUUAAUGGUAACAUUAGCACGAAUACUUCGUAAUUUGGCGAAGGAAUAUAACAUAGCGGUUAUGGUCAUAAACGCUGCCAUCGUAUCGAGACCAAAUAAUCCCAUCUCUGUUUUCUCUUCAACAAAAUCAAAACCUAGUUUAGGUAUAUCUUGGACAUUUAUGCCUAAUAUUCAAUUAUAUUUUACUCAUUGUAUGGUAGAAAAUGAAAUAGAGAUAAUAGAAAACGAAAGGGACAAGAUCACACAGCAGGACUAUAUGUACACGAAUCGAAAAGGAGUUGAAGUUGCAAUGAAGCCUAGGAUAUGUGAAGUACUUAGAUCAAGGAACGGGCAAAUGGGAAAAUGGUGUAUCUAUUAUAUGGGAGGAAAUGAACUUUUAACUGAUAAUAUAUCAUGA